CUCUGUACCAGGAAGAUGCUGAGAGUGACUCAAGUGGUGACUCCUGGAGUGAUUAUGGCAGUGGUGACAAAUCAGGGACUGUUUUGGGAAGGGCUGUCACAGAAGGGAAUGUGCUUUUUCCAGAUGUUUUUCACACCGACCAUCUUCUGUUUUACGAGCGAUUUAAAGCUUACCAGGAUUACAUCUUGGCUGACUGCAAAGCUUCUGAGGUGAAGCAAUUCACAGCAGAGUACCUGGAGAACGUCCUUGAACCGUCAGGGUGGCAGGCGAUCUGGCGCACCGACGUGUUGGAGGUCCUUGUUGAGGUUGUUGGUGUGGAUUACUCGGCUCUGAAAGCAGUUGUGAAGCUCAGUGAGCCUUUCCUGUGCGAGUCCCGGGACAGCAGCUUUACCCUGGAGUGCAUGAAGGAACUCCUGGAGCUGAAGGAACAUCAGAUACUGCUGCAGGAGCUGUGGGUUGUGUAUGAUGAGUCAGGAGAUUUUGCCCAGACUGCACUAGCCGUAGAACACGUCAGGUUCUUCUACCAGUACAUCUGGAGGACGUGGGAUGAGGAGGAGGAGGAUGACUUUGAUUACUUUGUGAGAUGUGUUGAGCCUCGACUGAGACUGCACUAUGACAUCCUCGAGCACCGUGUGCCUUCUGCGAUCGUGGCCGAUUACCAGAACUUGUUGUCUCAAUGUGAAGAGCUUUAUGGGGAGUUUUUGAACGUGAGGAACAGCAUACCCAGCAGUGACUCGGACUCGGAAGUGGAAAACGUCUCCAUGGUGGAAGGCCUAAAGUUGUAUGAGAAAGUAGAGCACUUAAAACAAAAGCUGAAACUCAUUGAGAAUCCCGUGCUGAGGUAUGUGUUUGGUUACCAAAAAUGCCGUGGGCUCCAGGCCAAAGGAUUGAGGCCAACUGGUACCAAGGUCACUCAUGUUGUACCCUCAACCGUGAUGGCAAGUCUGCUCCAGUUGUUGAUGAGGGACAAACUUUGCCCAGAAUCCUACGAUGAAGACACAGAAAUACAGUUUCACAGUGACCCACUGACAGCUGUAAAUGCCUGUUAUGAAGGAGACACAGUCAUCAUCUGUCCUGGUCAUUAUGUUGUAGAUGGAGUGUUCUGCAUUGCUGAUUCAGUUGAACUAGAAGGCUAUGGCCUGCCAGAUGAUAUUGUGAUAGAAAAACGAGGCAAAGGAGACAACUUUUUUGACUGUACAGGAGCCAACAUAAGGAUCUCCAGUUUGAAGUUAGUGCAACAUGAUGCUGUGGAGGGGAUUUUAAAUGUCCAUAAUGGGAAAACCACCCUGGAAAACUGUGUGUUACAGUGUGAAACCACAGGCAUAACAGUGCGCACGGCGGCUGAGCUGGUGAUGAAGAACUCAGAUUUGUAUGGUGCCAAGGGUGCUGGUGUGGAAAUAUAUCCAGGGAGUACGUGCACCCUGCUGCAGAAUGGCAUCCACCACUGCAAGGAGGGAAUACUUAUCAAGAACUUCUUAGAUGAGCAUUAUGACAUUCCCAAGAUAACCAUGCUUAAUAAUGUGAUCCAUAAUAAUGAAGGAUAUGGUGUGGUCCUGGUUAGACCAAUGAUGCCCUCUGAGGUAAAGGAUUCUUCAGCACAGAGAACAGAAGGGAAUACACAGCCUGCCCACUCAGGUGAUGAGACAGCCCGUGCAGAGAGCUCCAGGCAACAACAACAACUACCCAAAUGUCUAACUGAUGAGUUGGAGCUUGAUGAGCAGGCUGAGACUUUUGAACAAACUGAAGGCAACUGUGAAAUUGCAAAUGAACUUGGGGCUGCUUCUGCAAAGAAGAGCCAGAUGCACAAGAAAAGACUGAGUGAACUGGGAAUUACAGAAGCUGAUGACAACCUAAUGUCCCAGGAAAUGUUUAUCUCUGUUGAGGGCAAUCAGUUCAAAUGGAAUGGGAAAGGAAGUUUUGGUACCUUUCUCUUUUGA